UCACACAUUCUGUGAACACUAAACCCGAAUUGCCUGCGGCUGAGAACACCAAAGGCUUUGUUUAGUAUCUCCGACGAUCUAUCAUAUGGAAUUGCGUCCCGGGUUUCGAUUCAAUCCUACCGACGAAGAGCUUAUUAUUCACUACUUAUACCCAAAGGUUGUGAAUAGUAAGUUUUGCGCAGAUCAUAUUGCCGAGAUUGAUAUGAACAGAUUUGAACCCCGGGAUUUGCCAGGGACGGCGAAAAUGGGUGGAAAAGAACGGUACUACUUCUGCCUGAGAGACAGGACGCAGCCGCUGGAGCUGAGAACCACCGGUGCAGGGCACUGGAAAGCGACAGGCAAAUUGUCUAAGAAGAUUUGCAGAGUUAAAGCCAACUUGGUUGGGUUGAAGAAGACUCUGGUUUAUCAGAGUUCAGCCGGAAGUGAAGAGAAAAACUGUGUAAUGCAUGAAUACAGAUUAGAGGGCAUCAAGAACUCCAUGCGACAUCUUCCAGAAAACGCUAAGAACGAAUGGGUGAUAUGUAAAGUGUUUUGGAAGAGCUCUGGCACUUUAGUAGAGUCUAUUAAUAAAGAUGAUAUUAAGAAGUGUUUUGGCAAGUAUCUUGAUGACGCUGCUAAGGAGUGUGGAGUUAGCAGAUCUACUUUUAAACGGGCAUGCAGAAGGCACGGGAUACAAGGAUGGCAAUCAAAGAAGAGAAAGAAAGUGAACCAACAUGAAUAUGAACAUCAUGCUAUUCAAGAUGAUCAUCAAUCCAGCAAUUUGGGUAUAGGGAAUGGUAUAAUGGCAUCAAGUUCUUUGUGGGUUAAGGCGGAACACGACAAUGACGUUGUCAUGUUUGUGCUCCCCAAUGCAACUGUGGAUGGUUUGAAGAGAGAGAUUUUAAAGAGAUUCAAACUGGAACCUGAAACUCUAAAAAUAAGGUACAAAGAUGGAGAUGAAGAAAUGGUGAGCGUGGCUUGUGAUGAGGAUUUACAUUACUGCUUGGAAUUUUUCAAGACUACAGAGAAGGCCGCCGUCAGAUUUUCCGUUUACAAAGAUCAGAAUUGAAGCCAUUUAAAUCAAAUCAAAGCUCAGUU